AUGGAAGCUCCCUGGACUAAAUCGGCCCACGACGUCCUCCAACAUUAUUCCGUCGACCCCGCCCGUGGCCUCACGUCUGACCUCGCCGCUAAACACGCUGAGCUCUACGGCAAGAAUGAGCUGCCGGAGGAGCCUCCCACCCCGCUCUGGGAGCUGAUCCUUGAACAGUUCAAGGACCAGCUCGUCCUCAUCCUACUCGCCUCUGCCGUCAUCUCUUUCAUUUUGGCCCUCCUUGAGGACUCGGAAGGUGCGAGCUGGUGGAGCGCUUUUGUCGAGCCUCUCGUCAUUCUGCUCAUCCUCGUUGCGAAUGCGACUGUGGGGGUCAUCCAGGAAACGAAUGCGGAGACGGCUAUUGAUGCAUUGAAAGAAUACUCUCCGGACGAGGCCAAGGUAUUCCGCAAUGGCCAAAUCUCUCGCAUACACGCGUCCGAGCUCGUGCCCGGAGACAUCAUCUCUGUCGCAGUGGGAGACAAGGUCCCUGCUGACUGCCGGCUGCUUUCCAUCGCCUCUACCAAUCUUCGUAUUGACCAAGCCAUCUUGACUGGUGAGAGCGUCAGUAUUAACAAGACACUAGAUGUUGUCGCAGACCCGCGUGCCGUAAAGCAGGACAUGACCAACAUGCUGUUCGCUGGCACUAGCGUUGUGAGUGGCAAAGCUACAGCCGUCGUAGUCUUCACGGGACAGCGCACUGCCAUCGGAGACAUUCACAAGUCCAUCACGUCUCAGAUUAGCGAGAAGACACCGCUUAAGCGUAAACUCGACGAUUUUGGCGAUAUGCUUGCAAAGGUCAUCACUGUAAUCUGUAUUCUGGUGUGGAUCGUCAACUUCCAGCAUUUCUGGGACCCGGUUCAUGGCAGCGCACUCAAAGGCGCAGUGUACUACUUCAAGAUUGCGGUUGCACUAGCUGUCGCUGCUAUUCCUGAGGGACUUGCGGCUGUCAUCACUGCAUGUCUUGCAUUGGGUACUAAGAAGAUGGCACAAAAGAAUGCUAUCACUGGUACACUUACGACCAACCAGAUGAGCGUAUCCAAGUUCUUUGUCAUCGAUGGCGGUGUCGAGACACCCCGAGAAUACGUGGUUGAAGGCACUACUUUCGCGCCUCACGGGUUGGUUAAGUCCGCUGAUGGCAAGAAUGCCUCUGCUGAACUUCGUUCAAAGCCAAUCGAACUUAUGGCCGAGAUAAGCGCUAUCUGCAACGAUUCCAAAGUCGUGUAUCAUGCAGAGAAAGGCACCUACGCGAACGUAGGUGAACCAACCGAAGCGGCACUCAAGGUCCUUGCGGAGAAGCUUCCUUGCCCCGACGGUGAGCUCACGAAGUCACUUCCGCUACUAGACCCAGCCGUCCGUGCCAGUGCUGUCAACGAGUACUAUGAACGGUCGAUCCCCAGACUGAUGACCUUCGAGUUUUCUCGCGACCGCAAGAUGAUGUCCGUGCUCGCACGCAAGAACGGCAGUGGUAUCCUGUACGCGAAGGGCGCGCCAGAAUCUAUCCUCGAGCGAUCUACUACCGUGAUUGUCGAUGGAAAAGUGCUGCCGCUCACGUCGGCCAUGCGUACUGCAAUCCAGCAACAGACGGCCUCUUACGGCGCACAGGGUCUGCGCACACUUGCACUUGCAUACGCGGACGGUCGACCACUCGACGCAUCACACUACCGUACCGAUAACACAGCCGACUACGCGCAUUUCGAGCGAGAACUGACUUUCGUCGCGCUCGUGGGUAUGCUGGACCCGCCGCGCCCCGAGGUGCGUGCGGCGGUGGCGAACUGCAAGGCGGCAGGCAUUCGUGUGAUUUGUAUUACGGGCGAUAAUAAGGGUACAGCGGAGACUAUUUGCCGGCAGGUUGGAAUCUUUGGCGAACAUGAGGAUUUGGCUGGGAAAAGCUACACCGGGCGCGAGUUGGAUGAGCUGAGCGAUGAUGAGAAGCUGCGCGCGGUGAUGAGGGCAAACCUGUUUUGUCGGACGGAUCCAAGGCACAAGAGCGAGCUGGUUGACUUGUUGCAGAGCCAGGGUUUGGUAGUCGCCAUGACUGGAGAUGGUGUGAACGAUGCGCCAGCGCUGAAGAAGGCCGACAUUGGUGUCGCUAUGGGCAGUGGAACGGAUGUCGCGAAGCUGGCUGCAGACAUGGUACUUGCUGAUUCUAACUUUGCAACGAUCGAAUUGGCGGUGGAGGAGGGCAGAUUGAUUUACAACAAUACGAAGCAAUUCAUUCGAUACCUUAUCUCAUCUAAUAUUGGCGAAGUUGUCAGCAUUUUCCUGACGGUGCUUCUGGGCAUGCCUGAAGCACUGAUCCCAGUUCAGCUGCUCUGGGUCAACCUGGUUACUGAUAGCCUGCCCGCCACUGCGCUUGGCUUCAACCCUCCGGACCACAGUAUCAUGCGGGUCCCGCCAAGAGAUAGCCGUGAACGCCUCGUCGGCGCGUGGCUCUUCACGCGGUAUAUGAUCAUUGGAAUCUAUGUUGGAUGCGCAACGGUUGCUGGCUACGCGUGGUGGUUCAUGUACUACGCAGGUGGCCCGCAAAUUUCGUUCUGGCAGCUGACACAUUUCCAUCAGUGCUCGUCGCUGUUCCCACAGGUUGGCUGUGAGAUGUUCACCAACGAGAUGGCCCACCGCGCAACGACGAUGAGCCUGUCGAUCUUGGUGACAGUGGAGAUGUUCAACGCGAUGAACUCGCUUUCUGAGAAUGAAAGCCUACUCGCGCUUCCCGUGUGGAAGAACAUGUUCCUCGUAGGUGCGAUUGCCCUCAGCAUGAUACUCCAUGUCGCCAUCCUGUAUAUCCCGUUCUUCACCACGCUAUUUGCCAUUACCCCUCUUAACUGGGUUGAAUGGAAAGCCGUAUUGUACUUUAGCGCACCAGUAAUUGCCAUAGAUGAGGUCCUAAAAUUCGUCUCGGCAAAGUUCGUCGCGCCACCAUCAAAAAUCAAGACGGACUAG